AUGGCAUGCGUGUACGUGAGUUGCGAUGAUUUGCCCGAUCAGGUGACCAUUUCUACCUCAUGCGACGAAACGAUGGAAAGAAACAUCCUCAACAAGUACAAGAGCUUCUUCAAUUUUGUUAAUACUGUGAAAAAUAAGGCAGAGAAGGAAAAGGCCCUGCGGUAUAGCCAACAUUUGUACUUAAAACAUAUAUCAAGGAGCAAUUAUAACGUUAAAAAUAAUGUCGAUCAGAUUUAUGACAAUAAGCUUUUCCUGAAAUACUGGAUGAGGAAAAAAAGGCCUGGGGCAAGAAACUGA